UUUCAUUGGUAUAUUGUAUCUUGUUCGGUACAGUAUGGUAUAGAGAUAAAACAGGUUUCAGUUUAGUCACAUGAUCUAAAAAUGGCAGACGAUUCAAGAGUGGAAGGAUGUGCCGUUUUGGCAAAAUCAUUAAAAGAUCAGGGUGUGGAAUAUGUAUUUGGUAUUGUUGGAAUCCCAGUCAUUGAGGUGGCCAUGGCCUGCCAGAAGGAGGGGAUCAAAUUUAUUGCCAUGAGGAAUGAACAGGCUGCAUCUUAUGCUGCAUCUGCCAUUGGUUACAUGACAGGAAAACCAGCAGGAUGUCUGGUUGUGUCAGGUCCAGGCUUGGUUCAUGCCCUGGCGGGAAUGUCAAAUGCCAUGGAAAAUUGCUGGCCAAUGAUAGUGAUAGGUGGGUCGUCAGAGCGUGAUCAGGACAAAAUGGGAGCGUUCCAGGAAUAUCCACAAGUAGAAUGUUCUAGAUUAUACACAAAAUUCACAUGUCAGCCCAGUAGGAUAGAGAGAAUCCCAUACUAUGUUGAAAAGGCAUAUAGAAGCAGUAUAUAUGGUCGUCCAGGUCCAGUUUAUAUUGAUAUCCCAGGGAGCUUUGUCAUGACCACAGUUCCUGAGAAAGAUGUACGUUACGUUCCAAGAUGUCCGCCACCACCAAAGGUCUGUGCUGCGACAGCCGAUAUCAAGAGAGCCAUUGAUCUCUUAUCCUCGGCAAAGAGCCCACUAGUCAUUGUUGGAAAAGGUGCUGCUUAUUCGCGUUGUGAGAAUGAAUUGAGAACGUUGGUGGAGAACUGCAAACUGCCCUUCCUUCCUACACCCAUGGGUAAAGGCACAUUACCCGAUGAACAUCCACUUUGUGUGGCACCAGCUAGAUCUAAAGCAUUAAAGGAUGCAGAUGUUAUUUUAUUGCUUGGAGCAAGACUCAACUGGAUCCUUCAUUUUGGAGCACCACCUAGAUUUAGACCUGAUGUGAAAAUAAUACAGGUUGACAUAUGUUCGGAGGAGAUAGGUAACAAUGUUCAACCAGCUGUUGGUCUUGUAGGUGAUUUAACAUCAGUCCUUGCACAGAUGAAUGAAGAGCUUGGUGGAAGACCUACAAAGUUUGUGUUUGACCCUGCUGCCCCCUGGUGGAAAGAUCUGAAUGAGAAAUUGGAAAAAAACAGGAUCAGUGUGCAGAAACAGUCACAAGAUAAAACUGUACCACUUAAUUAUUAUGCUGCCUUUGAUGAGGUUAACAAAUUAAUUCCUAAAGAUGCAAUAGUUAUCAGUGAAGGAGCAAACACAAUGGACAUCAGCAGAUCUUGUAUACCAAAUGCACUUCCAAGACACAGACUUGAUGCUGGUACUUUUGGCACUAUGGGUGUUGGUGUAGGAUUUGCCAUCGCAGCUGCGGUAUACUGUAGAGACUAUGCUCCAGACAAACGUGUUAUAUGUAUCCAAGGUGACAGUGCAUUUGGAUUCUCUGGGUUUGAGGUAGAGACUGUCUGCAGAUAUAGACUGCCCAUUGUGUUUGUUAUUAUAAACAAUAAUGGAAUAACAAGGAGUUUCAAUGAAGAGGUAUUCAACAGUUUAGAAGAAACAGACAGACUUAUAAGCCAUCCACCGACAGUUCUAUCGCCAAAUGCAAGGUAUGACAAAGUGCUGGCAGCAUUUGGAGGCAAUGGUUACUUCGUGGAGAAGCCGGAGGAUAUACAAAAAGCUCUGAGAGAAUCCCUGGCCAACAAGAAGCAGGCUUCCAUGUUGAAUAUCAUGAUCAAUACAAUGGCAGACAGACGUGUUCAGGAGUUUUCAUGGCUCGGAUCCAUUCAGCCUAGCAAAAUGUGAAACCAGCAAAAAGUGAGACCAGCAUAAUGUGAAACUUGCAAGAUGUGAGAACAACAUGAUGUGCGAUCUUGCACUGUUCAUACACAGUUUAUAGUUUAUAGUUUAUUUGAGUUCAAA